AUGGCCGAGUUUGUCCGCCGAUACCAGAGCCUUUCGGCGCACCGGGACUCACAGGAAGAGCUGAUCAAGGAUCUUAUUCUCUACUCUGAGUCGGUAGAAUCCAGCCUCCGUGCGGAGAAUACCAACUUGAUGAGCCGGCUUCGCGACGCAGAGCUUGACCUUGAAGAUGCCACCAGGUCGAGAAGGGAGCUCCAGCAACAGAUACAGCAGCUAGAAGCAUAUCACGAGGCUGCACUGCAAGACAGCUAUUUGAAAAACAGUAACCCGUAUGUUACUGUUUUAAUUGACGGUGACUGCCUUCUGUUCAAAGAAUCCCUGAUCGGGCAGGGCAUUGAAGGCGGCAAGAAGGCAGCGUACGCCCUGCGUGCCGCCAUCCUCGAGCAGUGUGGCAGCCACGCCAGCAGCAUCGAGAUCAUUGCUAAGGUUUACGCCAACCUCGCCGGUCUUUGUAGGGCCAUGCGCCGCGACGGCUGUUCGAGCAACGAGAGCGACCUCAAGGAUUUCUCGUUGGGAUUUACCCAGGCCAAGGCUAGUUUUGACUUUGUCGACGUCGGCCAUGGCAAAGAGCGGGCAGACAACAAGAUAAGGGAAACAACGAAAUGGCACCUCCGCAAUAGCAACUGCAAACAGGUUAUUCUCGGCAUAUCGCACGACGCCGGAUACGCCCCUUUUCUGGACGAGCUGUUCCAGGACGCUUCACUCCGCGUACGGGUGACCGUUUUGGAAGGCUUCCCAACAGUUCGCGAGCUUGUAGCAACCGGGGUGAACAUCUUGAAUUUGAAUGACCGGCUGUUCCGGUCCGAAAAGCUCGUGGAUAAGGUUUCACUCGGGCCUACCCUAAUACCUGCGCCCUCCGAUGUAAGAGGUGUGGCCGCCAGCGUCACAAGCGCCAGUAUCUUGACGCCCUCCACAUCUAUCGCCUCGACACCGGCUCAGGUUUCGGCCACAACAUAUGCCCGAGCUAUUAAGAAUGCCACUCCCCCGCCGCAGAUCACGCUCCCGAUGCAGCUCAAGCCAGCUACCGCCUCAGCUCGUCCUUCCCAACAACCACAGAACCCAGGGCCCCGCGGACUGGACCCGCCGCUCCUGGUCUCGCAGACGGCGCUCGACACCAUCAAGAAGCGGCGCGACAACCACAAGCUGUGCAACAACCACUACCUUCGCGGGCCAUGCACCAAGGGCAGCGCUUGCAUGUUCGAGCACGAUUAUAAGCCGACCAGGGAUGAGCUGGUGGCCAUUGCAUUUUUGACGCGGCUGAACCCGUGCUCCAAGGGCCAGGAGUGUGAUAUUCCCGAUUGUAUCUAUGGUCAUCACUGCCCUAGCGUUCGUGACGGAGCGUGUACGCACCCGUUUUGCAGAUUUGCGAAGGAGGAUCAUCCGCCUGGGACGAAGCUUAGGGUGCACAGGUCUUAG